UUGUUGGGACAUAUAAGUGAUAACUACGUUACCAACUGGCAACGCUACACAUUGCUAUUUUGAUUGCUGCACCAAUCGGAUUGUUUGCCUUGCUGCCGGCAAUUGUGUUUUUGUUGUGCGUACUUGGCGCCAAUGGACGAGGAUACAGUGUCUAUAAUUGUCACUGUGCUUAAUGGCGAAAAGUGGGUUGACAAUUGUUUUCGGUCGAUACUCCAACAGUGCACAGCUGUGCAUAUGCAAAAAAAGCAGCAGCAGCAACAAAAAACACAACAACAACACCAGCAAUCAAAACAAAUGCAUCGAGAACAACAUAAGCAUGUGGACCAUGAGUUGUUGUUGUUGUCAACUGAGCAAGCAGCAGCGGAAAAGGUGGAACGUGAAUGUGUGUUUCAAAUUGAGGUUUGUGUCUUUGAUGAUUGCAGUACAGAUGGCACGGCGGAAAUAUUGACAUUUUGGCAGCGGAAAUUUCACAGACAUCGGAUACGGAUGCAUAUAGUACGCAAUGAAAGUGAAAAGCCAAAGGGAGUGGGUUAUGGACGCAAUCGCGCGAUAGAGAUUGCCAGUGGCACAUAUUUGUGUUUUCAAGAUAUUGACGAUGAAAUGCUGCCAACGCGUAUACAAAUGCAAUAUGCAUUGGCUUGUUGCAAUAAAGAUGCGCUUAUUGGUUGCAAAUUUGUACGCACACCCGCGAAUUCAACAUGUCGCUUCACACGUUGGGCAAACGAUCUCGACGAUUCAAAACUAGCUUUACAAAUAUACACAUCUAAUGGUCCGACCGUGAUUAUGCCUACAUGGCUAUGUCAUAGAAAAGUUUACGAUCGAAUAACGGGUGGUUUCAGCGAACAUGGUCAUGGCACACCAGAAGAUUUAAUAUUUUUCUAUGCACACUUAGAUGGCGGUGGGCGCGUAUUGCGCGUUAAUGAGUGCCUACUACUGUAUCGCUAUCAUCCAGCGGCAACUACAUUCUCAAUUGUUGCUGAAACGAUUUGGCAAUUACGUAUGCAACAUUUACUAGCGCACGUGUUGUUCCGGGAACCGUGGAGCAAUGGUUUCACCAUUUGGAAUGCGGGCAAGUGUGGACGUAAAUUUUUUCGCGAUUUACCGCAGGCUUUCAAGUGCAAUGUGCGUGCCUUUUGUGAUGUGGAUGAAAAGAAAAUUAACAAAACUUACAAUCACUACGAUGAGAAAAUGCAUCGUUUCACUUACUCAGUGCCCAUUAUACACUUUACACAAGCGCGUCCUCCGCUGCUGAUUUGUAUGAAAUUGGAUAUCACUAAUGGUGAUUUUGAGGCGAAUUUAAAUAGUUUAAAUUUAAUUGAAGGCAGAGAUUACGUACUAUUUACAUAAACUAUAAUGUGGUGAAAGUGUUGUGCAUUAUUUUAAAUAUAUUUAUUG